AUGGGCACACGCACCCCCUUAUACCCCAUGCCGCACACUUGGUCAAGCAAGGCCACAUCGUACACUUCAUUGCAGGCACCAGGUCAGAAUAUGCCAUACGUCAAUCCCGCGCAGUCUUCCACCACCUUCACCGCGACUGACCGCCCGCGGUUCAACUACGCGCUCAGUGCUGUUUUUGUCGACCUGACCCCAGUAGCCAUGAAGGUGUUACAGGACGUUCUCGAGGAGAUUCGCGAAGAGUACCCAGAGCAUGAGGUUGUUAUCGUCGAGGAGUUCGCAUCCGCAGGGCUGUGGCCGUUUGUGCUAGGAGCGCCGCUACCGAAAGGGUGUACCCGGUUCCCCAAGGUGAUCACUUUUUCGACCCUGCCAUUUGCCGGCUCCAGCGUGGGCACCGCGCCGUUUAGACCGGGCCUACCGCCAGAUUCGAGUGUUGAAGGCCGUGCUCGCAACGCGGCUCUGUAUGAAUCUUUCAGGCAAUUUGAGCUGGAGCUGAUUGGACAUGCCAAUGCCGUCUAUCAGAGGCUUGGUGCGACAAGGAAGGCACCGGGGUACCUGUUGGGCCUCUGGGCCACCGGGGCGGACCUCACAGUGCAGCCUUGUAGCCCGAGCCUGGAGUAUCCGCGAAGCGACCUGUCGCCCAAUGUUCGAUUCAUUGGUGGAACUCCUCGCGCAGAUGUCGGCCCGGAACUGGUGCUGCCUGAAUGGUGGGGUGAGCUAUCGGAUGCGAAGACAGGAGAUUCACCCAAGAAUAUUGUGUUUGUAUCUCAGGGUACGGUCAUGGUAGACUACGGUAUGCUUUUGAUUCCGACUAUCAAGGCAUUGGCCGAUCGAGAGGACUGUAUGGUCAUUGGUGUCCUGGGACAGAGAGGCGCGAAACUGGACAAUGUUAUGCUACCGGCGAAUGCAAAGGUCGUGGACUAUCUGCUGUAUGCAGCCAUCCUGCCUUAUGUUGAUGUGUUCAUUAACAAUGGGGUUCAUGCAGGGUGUUAUGCAUGGAGUGCCUAUGGUCCUAGCUGGAGUAGAAUGUAA